GACUUUCGCUCCAACGUUUAAAUUUACCGACGUCUAAAAGAAAAAGUAAUCAUUUAUUAGAUUUUCGAGGAAAAUGGCCGAAAGAGGAUUCAAAGCUAAAACCGUUCAGAUUUUGUUGUUCUCUGGAUCGUUUCGAUCCUCUUUCGCGAUACAAUCAACGAAAACCGCCUUUCAAAUCUUCAUUAACAGCAAUAACUUCUGUAAACGAGUGUCCAGUGGCUAAAAUGCAAAUGAAAUUUUCCAUGUCCCGAUUUUUUCGGGAGAAGAAAAAACCGGCCAAAACAAGAACGUCAGAUGUAGGGGAACAGCAACGACUAUUAAAGAAUGGUGAAUUAAGUUAUUUCCAGAUUAGUAGAAAUAAUCGCUUUAUAAGGCAGUAUCUAGAAGAUGAAAUUGCAUUGGCAAAGGAUAUCUUCUGGGCAGAAAAACAAAAAAUUCAUAAAGAGACAAGCAACAAGGCGAUAAAAAUAGCAAGGAAGAAAAGUAAGAAACACUUACUAAAAUUAAAGAAAUAUCCACGAUGGUACCAAGAUUUUUCCCCGGAUCAAAUGAAACAUAUAAUGAAACUGGAAAAUGUAAUGCUCACCGAUUACGAAGAGACAAAGACAAAUGGCACGCAGACGACACUAAUAGCUAUUGGCGUUACUUCAACGUUGUUCAAAUUGAAGCCGAGUACAAUAAAAGAGUUAUAUAAAUCGUGCAAAUUGAAUAGCGUCGAUUUUCUACGAGAAAUUUAUAGAAUCUUAACGGGAAAUGAUUUUUGCGAAGAGGGAUAUAAGAAAGUUUACGAUUGUAAUGAGAGAAUAAUAUUGUCGGCUAUUGCAUUUUUAACACUGCCAGAAACGAUAAAAGAAUUACAUAAGAGAUUGCCAACAGUGAUUAUGCCAAAAUUACCACUAAAACCAAAAUUAAUAACAUGUCUGGCGAGACGAAAAGAUAGCUGUCCUUAUAAAGAAGAAUUGUUUAAACGUCCCGAUUGGACUGGUUAUCGAAACGCUUUGCAGAAGUGGCAAAAACAUUGUAAACUAACUGCAAUUCCGAAAAUAAUCUUACCACUAAAUAAAUAUGACCCGUUUUUUAUGAAUAAUAGAUCAGAGUUUAAAAAGCAGAGGAAAAAUAUUUCCACUGAACAUCUCGAAGAGAUCAGUACAAAAGAGUUGCAAACAAUCUCCCCAACUAUGUAUGAGAAAGAUUCCUCAAGAGAGAGACCUUUAGAAUCGACAAAUUUCAAUAUUCUUCAACCUCCAGACGAUAGUAAAAAAUCUAGUUUCAGAAUUCUUAGCAAAAAACCAGAAACCGCUGAAUACAAAAUUUAUGGUCCGCCGAAACCAUCAGGAGCAGGUAAAAAAUCUUGGCUGGGAAAGAAGGACGCUCAUUAUAUAAUAGCUGGAAUAUCCACCAAAGAUUCACAUAGUUAUCCUGUAACUUACGAGAACGCAGGUGUGGCCAAUGUAACACCCAGCAAUAGUGACGAAAAAUUCUUCGCAGUGCUGAAAUUCGGCGAUCAGACUAAAAAGAUUUUUCCCAGUGGUAGAGAAAAUCUGUCAAUAAAGUGGCAAGAGUGGCUACAAAACGCUAAUGAAAGUUAUAAACAAUUGGAGGAAGAAACUGAUGAGUUAAUCAAGAAUGUACAAGCAACUAUAAAAUCAGCAUUUCCUGGACCUUUUUGCGAUAGUUGCUGCUCGUGCCGACAGACUAGAAAAUUUGAAGAACAGUUGCAACAAAGCAAAAUUAACAAGGCGUUAAUUGAUGGAGAGAAAAAUUUAUAUAUCACAAAUUCGAUGGCGAUGCAAUCUUCAGGACCAAAUCCAACAGAUGUAUCAAUUAAUCUAGUUGUUGAGGAUGAGAUUAGAACAAACAUACUUCAUCCUAUUAAAAAUGUUCCACCCUGUUCAUGUCCUAUUCAGCAAAUGGUUGAUAAGGAUGUUAGUCUAUGUAUAAGUAAGGAAAUUAUUCCUUGGACAAAGGAAGGAUUGUGCCCUGGAAAGAAGUACAGACCUAAGGAGCCAGGUGCAUAUUCUUGCAAGAUGUAUCCUGGAGAUGAAUUCUGUAAGUAUAAUCCUUUCACGAAAGAAAUAAUGAAGAUGGAAAGAAGAAAAAUACAAAAAGAAAAAGAAAAAGAAGGUGAAGAAGAAAGAGUAAAAGAAAAGACAAAACUUAUUGAAGCGGUUAAGAAGGAGAUUCAAGUUCCAGAAACAGACAUUAUAGAAAAAAAGAUAGAUAAAUUUAUUCCUGAUCCUGAUUAUCCUGCUUAUGAUAAUCCUUGGAAUAUAUCACGAACUGCGCCCCCGGCAAAAAUAAUUAAAACGGAUUAUGAAGCAACCUUGAAGUUGACAUCUCCAGAAUGGCCUACAACUUCUUAUUUGCCAUUAAAAAUGCAAGAAAACCAAAAUAAUAUAUUUUCAAAAGAAUUAAGUCAUACAAGUGUUAAGAAGGAAACGUCCAAAGUAAUAAUGGGAUUACAAUCAUUUAAUAAGAUGACUAGCAGCAAAAUAGGACAUCGAAGAGAUGUAUCACAUAAGGAAACUACUGAUAAAAUAAUUAGUAAAAAUAAAUAUUCUGAGGAAAUUAUUGACGAGAUCGAUUAUCAGCAAAAUGAAUCACAUAAACAAAUCAAAAAGACAAAAGAAAACAUUGACGAUAAAAGUCAUCGAAUAAAUGGCGAUAAGAAAUAUGUAAACAAAUUUAAUCAACUUAUAGCGAUAAUAAAGGUCGAAUUGAAGAAAAUGGCUGCAGAAGGUUAUACAUUCGCCAAGUUACCAAAAUGUUAUCUAAUGCCGCAGCUUCAGGAUUGGGUCAUGUAUAGACAGGGUGUUGUUUUCUCGGAAACGGACAAAAAAAAUUUGAUGGAAAAGACACGUACCAUUUGGGACAUAACAAGUAGAAAAAUGCUUAAGGAUAUCGAGAAACCAUCGCUGCAUAUGACGAAACAUCAACUGAGGAGAUUGACCUUCGAUCAAGCCGAGAGAAUCAAGAAAAAGAUUGAAAAGAUCAAAGAGAUAUUUCACAGUGAAGUACGUAAGACACGUGUUGCUUAUGCUCGUACGAUGUGGAGUACCAUGGAAUAUGGAAAAUUUCCUUCUACGUCGUUCAAGAGAACUUUUUUCACAUAUAUGGCUAGCAAAGAAGCCGAUGGACACGUUUAUAAACCGUGGUUGCCUUCCGAAAUACGCAGAGAUCUCAAUUUCUGUUGCUACUAAUUGCGUUGAUUAAUUUAAUUACUGCUUAUUUGAUAUAUACACUUAGUUUAAUAUAGUUAAAA